AGUGCCUCGCGGGCGGAUCGGUCUUUUACCUCUCACAUGCUCUUAGGGCUGUAGGCCUGUUCUCUGUCUCUGGACGACUUAACACCUAAACACCAAAAUGAUUAUCUAUAGAGACAUCCUGAGCGGUGAUGAGAUGUUCUCAGACGCCUUCAAAAUUACAGUAUCUCAAUGCGGGUUCUUGUAUGAAGUUGAAGGAAAGACUGUCACCAGGACAGAUGGGUUUGAUGAAAGUUCAAUUUCAUCCAAUCCUUCUGCUGACGAAGUGAGCGAGGCCUCUGAGACUACUUCUGUUAUGGGCGUGGAUAUCAUCCUUAACCACAGACUGCAGAAGACAUCCUUCACCAAGAAGCAAUACAUGACAUACAUUAAGGGUUACAUGAAGAUGCUCAAGGUCAAGCUGGAGGAGACCAAUCCAGCUAGAGUGGAGGACUUCAUGGCUGGAGCUGGAGCACUUGUUAAGAAGAUCACAGCAAACCUCGAUAACUACGAUUUUUACACCGGAGAGAACAUGAACCCAGAAGGCAUGGUAGGACUGCUGGACUACCGUGAGGACGGCACCACACCGUACAUGCUUUUCAUGAAAGAUGGUCUGGAGAUCGAGAAAUUUUAACUACCUGGAAUUCCAUCUGCUUUUCAACUGGCUGCUGCUUCGCAAAUGGCCCCAAGAGCAGACUGAAGAGCACGAUUUUGCAUCUUGCCUGAACGGAAACAUUCUUGAACAAUUUCUUGUAUAUUCACAGCCCACAGCACCACACCAAAAGGAUCAGUCAUGAUUGGUUACUGAGUUUUUACCUUCAUCUCUAUAUUCAUCAUCUUUUUGGCUUUUUGCAGCAUCAGAUUUUUUUUUUUUUUUUUUUUUUUUUUUUUUUUUUUUUUGUCCAAGGAUUGGCCCAGUUUUUGUGAUUGAAAAUAAAAAAGGCAGGACAGUGAAUGAGGCUCUAACUGAAAGAAGAUGCGUUUUCUUCUGUCUGCAUACUGUUUUAGCAAUGAUCCGUACAGGUUGACCUCCUCAGACCUCUGUGUUUAUGGUUGCAUUAAAUAAGAUUUCAUCUAUGAUAAAAAAAGACUUGAUUUCAAAAUAAAAUCCAGUACCACCACCA